UUAUAAUGAGAAACAAAAGGAAGUGACUAACCUGUGUUGCAAGACUGUCUCUUUUCCUUACAAAUUAGAGACCCUGAUGCCAAAUUAUCAACAUUUUUGCCACCAGGUUUUUCUCGUAUACGCAUCAUAUUUGAUUUAACAGGUAUGGAUUUUUAACCAUGAAAUCAAAUUUAAUUUGCACUAUCCUUUUUACAUGUUCAUGUAAUAUUGGAAUAAGCUGUGCCAGAAGAAGUGCCACUUACAUCGUCAUUUACUCACUCAUACAUAGCAGAAGAGAAAAUAGAUGAUGGCAAAUGACCUGAACAUGAUGUAAGGAGUCCAAUCCUCUUGUAACUUGAUUCAAACAGCACAAUACAGCUCGCUGGAACCUUAUAGAGGUUCACUCAGUCGUCUGAAUGAAACAGAUGUCUCAUAGUAGGUUUGUUGACACCUCUUCGGUUUGCAAACACGGACAGUGUGUUUUGAAACUGAAUCAGUGAUUUGACAUUUGUAAUCGGAGUCAUACUCAGUCGCUGAAAAUUAAUGUGAUCAAAGAGGAUCAGUGUGGACCUUUACCAUAGCUCCUCUUUUAAAGUAUUCUCAUUACUUUGUCUAAUGAGGACCCCAUGGUGUGAAAAUGUCCAUAAUAUCAUGUUUCAGAGACGGUCCCUAGAAAGCUUGCGCCCUCUGACCUGCACUCGCCCGAGCCAGACGACCCCUUUUAGGAUGGCCGUGGCUGCGCGAGUUUGAGGAUUAUCACACCCUUAUAAACCAUGUCAAAAAUCAGACGUCUGAGCACGUAGACUGCUAAAUAUUUGUCAUUCAUGAAAGCGAAUUUUUAGAGUCAAUCGUGGGUCAAAUCUGUAAAAAACCAAGCCCUCAAACUGGGCCUGAGGUCUGCCAGUGGGAGAUUAUUGGAAACCUGAUACCAUCACCCCUCCAGGCAGCCCUCUGGAAGUCAUGAAGGCUAAAAUCAGUGAAAGGAGAGCAUGAAAAAACAGUUUUAACUUUGUUCCCUCUUUAGCUGACUGAUAAUAAUCAUUGUCAAGUUUAUUAAUGUACAAGAACUUCAAACAAUAAAAAGUACAUUUAGUAAAAAUUAGACAGAGGUUACAAUACUUACAAAAGUCAUCUAUUCGAUAAAUAACCAUUUAAGACACUUGAAUUAAAAUAAGAAAAACAGCACAAGGAUCCCCUGGGACUGUAUUCAUCUUAAUGAUGAGCCAAAUACAGAUGUGGAGCUCAGAGUGAUUCCUCAAUAAUCAUAUCAUGCUGUCCAGCCCCUUCAGAUUAAAAUCGAAUAAUCAAAAUAUGUUAAAAUUAAUCUGGAUAUUUAGAUAAACUUUGAGCAUUCUUCUCAAUAUUCAUAAUAAAAGAUAUCAAAAAUAUUCAAAUGUAGCCAUGAGACACGAUCAGUACUUCAGUCUUAACCUUUGAAGACAUAUUACUUAGUCUGUUUAUGCAGUGGUUAACUGGACGAGUAAUACUUGUUGACAUAUGCGUCAUCUGUAGUUUCUUAUGUCAUUGUCGACACUUGUAAUGAUCUAAGACAUACAAUAUUACUUGUAACCCAAAGAGCAUGUCACCCAUGUUAUUGUGUGUGUAAUACUAUCACCUCAACUCACACACAGGCCCCUGCACCCCGAUUGCCACCUUAAGUUGUCCUAACGAGAUAAUUAGACCUUUUGGCAGGUAGCUUUAUCAUUAAAAGAGGUGUAGGGAUCUCAGGUUGAGAGGCUCAUGUCAAGAAUUUAUAGAUUAAAAUAGAUAUUAGGAUACUUGUGCAAAAAAGCUGUGUUUUUUAUGUCAUGUUAUUACCAUGAUGUUGCAUGUAUUUGCAUCAUGGGAACUGGUUGAGAAGCAGAUGCCAUGACCAUAUGUUUGACAAGUUAUUUUCACAGGAUGCGUAUGUCAUGUUUCCUAAACACGUGUGAACCCACAGAGGAAAUUAGAGCGCUAUAAAUACAAGUAUUGUUCUUCUUUCUAUUGUCCUUUCCCCUCGUACAGAACAAAUCUAAUUUACUCCGGGAUUGUAUAAAAGGCAGACCUCAGGGAGUGUUUCUGUUAUCUUGAGGUAUCAUCAUUUCCACAGGUUCUUAGAUUAGCAGCUGUUAGGCUCUAUUCUGCUCCUUUGUCACAGCGAAGACUUGCGAGGCUUCGGCAACAGAAUACCAGCGACAUAUGAGAGCUUCUCCACGGCUAAAGUCAGAUCCCCUGCAGUGCCAAGGUGCAUUAAAGAGAUUAUUGUAAAGACCAAAACAAUGUCUGAACUUCAGUGACCAAUACACCGCCCAGAACAAUAUUUACACAAGGUUAAAAAUGCUGCAUUGUAAGAGCAUUGUAAGGUCUAUAUAUACACUUUAAAACUCAGUCUCUAUAGCUUGACUGUGCCUUUUGUUUGGCACCACUGCCGUGCCAGUGACAUUGUUUACAAUGAGACAAAUGUUUGAAGUGCUCCCUUAUGCCAUGUGUUCAAGCCCUGAGGGACACAAUGUCUUCUAUUUAAUACAACUCAUACCAAGUUAUAAUCUUAUGAGUGAUUAAGAAAACACUGCAGUAACAUUUUCUUUAUGUGUGUUUAUGUUGGAAUUAAUCUGGUGAUGACACAAAUGAGGAUGUACUCACUAAUGAUUCAUAAUCAUUAACAUACUUUGUAUUUACUCUCAAUUUAGAUUCUUAUCAUUGGGAAAGAAAGUGGUAAGAGUUUAAUCUUUGAUAAACUGUCGGUGUUGUAUGGUGACAAAAGACGGCACAUAUCCAAUAAGACAAAAAAUACACAAGCAUGAGAGCUUUUAAGUACAUGACCAAAUAAAGCAAGUCGCUCUGCUGACUGAACACUGAUCUCUCUAUAUAAGAAGGAGGCUGGACCCCCCCGUGGACUGACAGGCAACCAGUCAAGGUGAGUGGGAUACAGUCUUUUAUUAGCAGGAGGAAAACCAGCAGCUUAAUGAACAAUGCUGAGCAUGACCACUUGCUGCCAGACACUUCAAGUGCAUUCAGAGCUGAUGGGUUAACGUUCGGAUUUUAAUGUACAGUGAGCUUUGUUUUAUUGUGAAAGGGUUCAAUCACCGUUAUCGAGAUUUCUUUUUUUUUCUUUUUUCUCCAGAAUCCUCAUUAAACCAUCAACAGCUGUUCUUCUGAGGGAAAGGGUGAAGGUAAUAGACUGUUUUAAGACUUCUUAAUCGUCACAAGUACCAAGUGUGUGCAGCAGUAAAUCAUGUUUAACUUCACUUAGUGUUCAAUAGUGAACAAAUCAAUUAACAAAGCUGUGGAUGUACAUCUCCAUUCACGCUCUACUGAUGUAUCAUUUAAUUGGAGUGAAUUCGAGUGUCUGAUACUUAAUGUACUAUACUGUACUGUAAGAAGUCAAAGCUUUCCCAUUGAGUUAAUACAAUUAUUGAAAAAUUUUACAUCGAAGCAAUUUCAUCAUUGCAAAUAGUUUAUAUAGCUAUUGUAAUAAUUGUCCAAUUCUGAUCCAGUCUGAUUAGCAUGCAAAAGUAACACCUCUUUGAAUUUUGCAAUGUUAAAAAGAGCAAUAUUAAACAUAUGAGUUUUUACUUACUUGCAGUAAAGGGGCACCAUGAGUGGGGACGCAGAAAUGGAGUGUUUUGGCGCGGCAGCGCCAUACCUCCGCAAGCCAGAAAAAGAGAGGAUAGAGGCACAAAACAGCCCUUUUGAUGCUAAAACUGCAUAUUUUGUGACUGAGCCCGCGGAGAUGUACCUGAAAGGAAAACUCAUAAGCAGAGAGGGUGGUAAAGCCACCGUGGAGACACUCUGUGGAAAGGUGAGUGGGGGUCAAGAUUGCUCUUUGUGAAAGUUGCUUUAAAUUGGUGUUGUUAAAAAAGAGAUGUCAACUAUUUGUCUUUGUGAUGGUACCUCUUGCAACAAAAACACAAUGCUAUUACAAUCUUGAAUAACUAAGCCACCAACUAACUGAUCUUGGUUUAAAAUAAAAAAUCAAAUUAAAAUUCUUUGUAAAAAGUUUUACUGUCGAUAACCUGUCUGUAAUAGCAAUAGAAAUGAAUUCUGAUCAGCUUGCUCUAAUCACUUCUGUCACUGUUACAGACCAUUACUGUAAAAGAUACGGAAGUCUUCCCCAUGAACCCUCCAAAGUUCGAUAAAAUCGAGGACAUGGCCAUGAUGACCCACCUCAGUGAACCCUCUGUGCUGUAUAACCUCAAAGAGCGUUAUGCGGCAUGGAUGAUCUACGUGAGUGGACCGGAGUAUCACAGUGAUAGAUGAAAGCUGUCUCUGUGAGGAAGUGUGUCAAUAAAAGUCCUCUCUGUUUCCCUGCAGACCUACUCUGGGCUGUUCUGCGUCACUGUGAACCCCUACAAGUGGCUCCCAGUGUAUGACUCAGGGGUUGUAGCAGGAUACAGAGGGAAGAAGAGGAUUGAGGCUCCACCUCAUAUUUUCUCCAUCUCUGAUAAUGCCUAUCAGUUCAUGCUCACCGGUGUGUAUGAAACAUGCAAAGAUUGGAUAAUGUACACAAGACUAGCAUGAAACUUUAAAAUGAUCUGAAAAGCAUUUUAAAAAAUUCUCCCUUUUUUUUUUUUUUUUACAGACCGUGAGAAUCAGUCUAUUCUUAUCACGUAAGUUCAAUCUUUUGUUUUGUAAUUUUUCACCUAACAGUGAAUCAAUCUUAAAGCAUGAAAGAAAAGCCUUGGCACACAAUACCUUAUAGCAUAAUCUAAACACCAUGCCCAAAUGUUUGUGUGAGAAUGCACUAAACAAACUGACUCUGAUUUACCUUUUUUGUGCCGAAAAGUGGAGAAUCUGGUGCAGGAAAGACUGUCAACACCAAACGUGUCAUCCAGUACUUUGCAACAAUUGCAGUGUCUGGAAAGAAGCAAGAGCACACUCCUGGCAAAAUGCAGGUAAAUAAACAACAACAAAAACAAGCAGAUUUUUUGACAGUCACUAAAAGCACUGUUUUCUGUUUUCCUACGUACUCGUUCACAAAAUACUAGGGCUCACUUGAAGAUCAAAUCAUCGCAGCUAAUCCCCUACUGGAGGCUUAUGGUAACGCCAAAACAGUGAGGAAUGACAACUCAUCCCGCUUUGUAAGUGUCUUAUUUAUAUAAACAUAUUCUUUAUAUUUCAUUUAUUUUUACCUCUGUCAGAGGGCAACAAGAUUCAAUUCUUGAAAAUUCUCCUUACCCAGGGUAAAUUCAUCAGAAUUCAUUUUGCAACAUCUGGGAAACUGGCCUCAGCAGAUAUUGAAACAUGUAAGACAAGAAGCCAAUCCUUUGUCUUUGUGCCAUCGGCUCUGUGAACAGAACUGAUCAGCACCUAACUGUGUACUUGACAGAUCUGCUGGAGAAGUCCCGAGUCACCUUCCAGCUGUCUGCUGAGAGAAGCUACCACAUCUUCUAUCAGCUCAUGACAGGCCACAAACCAGAGCUGAUAGGUAAGACAUUUUUGAUUUGAAAGGCUAUUGACUGGUAGUUCUAUUGUUUAUCUCAUACACAAUAGAUUUAUCAGAUUUAAUCUCAUACAUGAUUCUUUCAUGUCAGAGGCUCUCCUCAUCACCACCAAUCCCUACGACUAUCACAUGAUCAGUCAGGGUGAAAUCAGCGUCAAAAGUAUUGAUGACAUUGAAGAAUUCAUUGCCACUGAUGUAAGGAAAUUUUAUGAAAUUCACACCCUAAAAAACAUGGAUGUGUGUUUGAAUUUAUAACCUUGCUUCCUAAAAAUAAAACUUUGAACCUCACUUUCUUUGAAUACUUGCAGACAGCAAUUGACAUCCUGGGCUUCACUGCAGAGGAGAAAGUUAGCAUGUACAAGCUGACUGGAGCUGUGAUGCAACAUGGAAACAUGAAGUUCAAGCAGAAGCAGCGUGAAGAGCAGGCUGAGCCUGAUGGCACUGAGGGUGUGUUGACAGACUUUUUUUUCCCUUCCUGACAGCAGAAGUCUCGAGUAAGCCUCCAUAAAGUGACAUUUGGAUCCUAAUGUUUUGUUUUUUUAGUUGCUGACAAAAUCUCAUACCUCAUGGGUCUGAACUCAGCUGACCUGUUGAAGGCAUUGUGUUACCCGAGGGUGAAAGUCGGGAAUGAGUUAGUAACCAAGGGUCAGACUGUUCCUCAGGUAAAAUGUUCUCUUUCAAUAUAACCCUGUGAAUCAUCCCUCUGUAGCCCAUAGAACACCUGAAAACAAUGACUUAGAUUAUUCACCCUCAGAAUCUUCUGUCAUAUUAACCAUUAUUUCUGCAAACUCAGGUCAACAACGCGGUGAUGGCUCUCUGCAAGUCUGUCUAUGAGAAAAUGUUCUUGUGGAUGGUGGUCAGAAUUAAUGAGAUGUUGGAUACCAAGCAGCCCAGAAGCUUCUUCAUUGGUGUCCUGGAUAUUGCUGGGUUUGAAAUCUUUGAUGUAAGUGUGCUUAACAGCUAGUGAAUAAUCUUUUGUCGCCUGAUAUAAAAAAGGUCAACAUCAAUCCAUGUCACUUAAAGCCUUUACUGACUUUUGAUUUCUUAUCAAUUUAGUACAACAGCUUGGAGCAGCUAUGCAUCAACUUUACUAAUGAGAAACUGCAACAGUUUUUCAACCACCACAUGUUUGUGCUGGAGCAAGAGGAGUAUAAGAAAGAGGGAAUUGAAUGGGAGUUCAUUGACUUCGGUAUGGAUUUGGCUGCCUGCAUUGAGCUGAUCGAGAAGGUGGGUGAUAUUUUUGAUGUUCUUAAACCCUGAUAACUCUGCGAUGACUUCAAAAUUUUAGUUUCAAAUAAUCAUCUCAUUAUGACAGCCAAUGGGCAUCUUCUCCAUCCUUGAAGAGGAGUGCAUGUUCCCCAAGGCAACAGACAUGACCUUCAAGAACAAACUGUAUGACCAGCAUCUCGGGAAAACCAAGUCCUUUGAGAAGCCAAAACCAGCCAAAGGCAAAGCUGAGGCCCACUUUGCUCUGGUGCACUAUGCUGGCACUGUUGAUUACAACAUAACUGGAUGGCUCGACAAAAACAAGGACCCUCUGAAUGACUCAGUCGUUCAGCUCUACCAGAAGUCUUCAACUAAACUGCUGGCCUACCUAUAUGCAUCACAUGCUGCAGCAGAUGGUAAAUGCUCUUACCUUGAUGUUGAUAUUUUGAAUUCAAUAAUCCUCUUAACAUCGAUGUAAUGCUAAUAUUUUUCCUCUUACAGCUGAAGCUAGUGGCAAGAAGGCUGGCAAGAAGAAGGGUGGCUCCUUUCAGACAGUGUCUGCACUGUUCAGAGUAAGAAACUGUCUGAAUAAGGCGGCUUAGCUUUAGGUUUAUACUUUUUCUAAAUUUAAUGUCCUUUAAAUCCACAGGAGAACUUGGGCAAGCUGAUGACCAACUUGAGGAGCACUCAUCCUCAUUUUGUGCGCUGCCUGAUCCCAAAUGAAUCUAAGACACCAGGUAAGCUUGAUAUCAGAAGUAAUUUAUGCAUGUGAAUAUGACUCAACGUGAUGCUAACUUCAGCAUGUCCUUUAGGUCUCAUGGAGAACUUCCUGGUCAUCCACCAGCUGAGGUGUAACGGAGUGCUGGAAGGAAUCAGGAUCUGCAGGAAAGGCUUCCCCAGCAGAAUCCUCUACGGUGACUUCAAGCAGAGGUAGCAGAAAUAUGAACUGGCAAAUUUUGAAACUGUUUUACUUAUCUCAGUGUCUACUGUGUGUCUAACUGAGGGAAUUAUUCACUUUUAGAUACAAAGUAUUGAAUGCUAGUGUCAUCCCAGAGGGCCAAUUCAUCGACAACAAGAAGGCCUCUGAGAAACUGUUGGGAUCCAUUGAUGUGGACCACACACAGUACAAGUUUGGCCACACUAAGGUAAAGUGAAACUCAUCCCUUGAAAGGAGGAUUCCCUGAAAUGUUUCAGAUGCCAUCAUUGAUUAAUACUUUUUAAGAGAAUUUCAUUUGUUUACUUGCAGGUGUUCUUUAAAGCUGGUCUGCUGGGCACACUUGAGGAGAUGAGAGAUGAGAAACUGGCGGAGCUGGUCACAAUGACUCAGGCUCUCUGCAGAGGUUUCCUCAUGAGAACAGAGUUUGUCAAGAUGAUGGAGAGAAGGUAAUGUUUCUGUUUGAUAAUCCCCUUUAAAUAUAAAUUCAUAUUUUGGAGUAAACAUCUUUUUAUACUAAAUAAUUUAACGGAAUUCUCUUCACUAAUUUCUGUUUUGUAUUUUCAGAGAGGCCAUCUUCUCAAUCCAAUACAACGUCCGCUCAUUCAUGAAUGUCAAAACAUGGCCAUGGAUGAAGCUCUACUUUAAGAUUAAGCCUCUGCUGAAGAGCGCAGAGACUGAAAAGGAGAUGGCACAGAUGAAAGUGGACUUUGAAAAGACCAAAGAGGACCUUACAAAGGCCCUAACUAAGAAGAAAGAACUGGAGGAGAAGAUGGUUUCCUUGAUACAGGAGAAAAAUGACCUUCUGUUGCAAGUGCAAUCUGUAAGUCUGACUAUGACACAGAAUAGUGUUGCUUGUCGCUUAAAAUCCUUCAUGAGAUGACUAAUUUGGCAACGACAUGCUCCUGCUUGCACUGACUUUUAGGAAAGUGAAAACCUCAGUGAUGCAGAGGAAAGAUGCGAGGGGCUCAUCAAAGCCAAAAUCCAGCUCGAGGCUAAGCUCAAAGAGACGAGUGAGAGACUGGAGGAUGAGGAGGAAAUGAACUCUGAGCUGACGGCAAAGAAGAGGAAGCUGGAGGACGAGUGCUCUGAGUUGAAGAAAGACAUCGAUGAUUUGGAGCUCACUCUGGCAAAAGUGGAAAAGGAGAAACAUGCCACUGAGAACAAGGUUACAAAAAGGCCUCUCUAAUCAUAAUCAUAAUCAAAAGUUAAAACUGUUUCUUCUUGAUAAUAAUUUAUGUUCACUUUAACAGGUCAAAAACCUCACAGAGGAAAUGGCCUCUCAAGAUGAGACCAUUGCCAAGUUGUCCAAAGAAAAGAAAGCCCUCCAAGAGGCCCAUCAGCAGACCCUUGAUGAUCUCCAGGCAGAGGAAGACAAAGUCAACACUCUGAGCAAGGCUAAGACCAAGUUGGAGCAACAAGUGGAUGAUGUGAGUCGUCAGCAUUGAAAAUAUCUUUUUAUAUAAGUAAGCCAGGAUUUCAUUCCUGGUUGGUUUGCCUGCGGUUGGCAUGGUAACAGCAAACGUUGGUAGAUACCAGAGUUUUCAGGGGCAACAAAGGCAUCAGAGGCAGUCAAAAACAAUUUGUUCAAGACCCACUCCAAUGAAAAUACUACUUAUGAUAUGAGCUUGCAUUGUGUCCCUAAAGACAUUAGUGUCCGAGAGCUGAAUAGCUCCUAUGUUACCUGCCACUUCUGCUGCACAGGCAAUGUUAGGCUACAAGCUAACGUGAAGCCGAGUGUGCGGAGCAGCGCUGUCUCCGCCCAGCAGCGAAUUGCUAAUGAUCUACUAGAGCUCUGUAGAAGAAAAGACCUUGAAAAUUACUCAGGUAAUGCAAUUUUUGGUAAAAACGUCAAUCACAAUUUAAAGACCACUUGGAACACUUUAAGUAGAAAAAAAAAAACGAUCGGAGUGGAACUUUUUGACUGCAGGCAAACAAACUCACUCAGUAAUGCAAGAACUGUUUCAAUUGUCCUAAUAUCAACAUUGUGACUUAAAAUUUAUGGAAUAUUACUUUCCCCUGACAGCUUGAAGGUUCUUUGGAACAAGAAAAGAAGCUUCGUAUGGAUCUUGAGAGAGCCAAAAGGAAGCUUGAAGGCGAUCUUAAAUUGGCCCAAGAGUCCAUAAUGGAUCUGGAGAACGAUAAGCAGCAGUCUGAGGAAAAAAUAAAGAAGUAAAGAUGAAUUAAUACCAUACAUAAAUUUUGCCUACUUUUUCUUUAGACUAUUUUGCAAGUGGAGCUGAUUAAAGUUAACUCUUCAAACUUCAAUCAAUUUUGUCCCAUACAGGAAGGACUUUGAGACAAGCCAACUCCUUAGUAAAAUUGAGGAUGAGCAGAGUCUUGGAAUCCAGCUCCAGAAAAAGAUAAAGGAACUUCAGGUAUUUUUACAAGGCAGUCAGACAUACAAAAUAAAAAAAAUAAUAAAAAACAUUCACAAGUUUUCACUGAAUGUGUGUUUCAGGCUCGUAUUGAGGAGCUAGAAGAAGAGAUUGAAGCUGAGCGUGCUGCUCGGGCCAAAGUAGAGAAGCAGAGGUCUGAUCUAGCCAGAGAACUUGAAGAGAUCAGCGAGAGGCUUGAAGAGGCUGGUGGAGCAACAGCAGCUCAAAUUGAGAUGAACAAGAAGCGUGAGGCCGAGUUUCAGAAGCUGCGCCGUGACUUGGAAGAGUCCACCCUGCAGCAUGAGGCCACUGCUGCCGCCCUCCGCAAGAAGCAAGCCGACAGCGUGGCAGAGCUGGGAGAACAGAUCGAUAACCUCCAGAGAGUCAAACAGAAGCUGGAGAAAGAGAAGAGUGAAUACAGGAUGGAGAUUGAUGACCUCAGUAGCAAUAUGGAGUCCAUCGCCAAAUCCAAGGUGAGGCUCAGAGAUGCCACACAGCAAGAAAAACAUCUCAGAGACAUGUCUGUACAAACUGAUGCCUUUUUUUUCUACCAGGCAAACCUUGAGAAGAUGUGCAGGACAUUAGAAGAUCAGCUGAGUGAGCUCAAAUCGAAGAACGAUGAAAAUGUCCGUCAGCUGAAUGACAUAAGUGCCCAGAAAGCAAGACUCCAGACUGAAAAUGGUAAUGAAAGGAGUUAAUUGUCAUGAUACUAUGUAUCAGUUCAGAAGUUAUCCACUCGUUACUUUUUUAUUUAGACAUACACUUUCUCACAGUUUGGUUUAUCAGAUUUUGUAGCAUCAUUGCUUUGAACAACAAAAGAUGAUUUUAGUGUGUAUAUUAAUGAUUAUCCCAAAGAAACUGACAUCGAUCUUUACCAAAGUAAACUUUGGAUUUCUAACAACUGUGCUCUAGCCCCUAAAUCUUUCACUUUAUUUAUCUACAUUUUGUUGCACAUGUUUGCCUUUUACACAUAGUAACAAAUUAACUAGAAAUCCUCUCUUAAACAAUAAGUAUACCAGUUGGAAUUCCUGAUUUUACUGUAAAUCAAAUAUAACCUUUGGUUAGGUGAAUAUACACGCCAGGUGGAGGAAAAGGAAGCCCUCGUCUCUCAGCUGACUAGAGGAAAGCAGGCCUUCACUCAGCAGAUUGAAGAGCUGAAGAGACACAUUGAAGAAGAGGUUAAGGUAGGUGAAUAAUAACUGAGAAAAGAGCUUCCAGACAAUUGUAAAGGAUUAGUUUGGUGCAGUGUUAUAUAUGUGCUGGUUUGUAUCAUAGGCCAAGAAUGCCCUGGCACAUGCUGUUCAGUCAUCUCGCCAUGACUGUGAUCUGCUCAGAGAGCAGUUUGAGGAGGAGCAGGAGGCCAAAGCUGAGCUUCAGCGUUCAAUGUCCAAGUGUAACAGUGAGGUGGCUCAGUGGAGAACCAAAUAUGAGACUGAUGCCAUUCAGCGCACUGAGGAGCUGGAAGAGGCAAAGUAAUGAACGGUCCUGGAAUCUAUCAGGUUUUCUUCAGCGCGUGUUCUUUAAAUCAUGUUAAAAUCCUGUUCUCUGCACAUUUUAUUAGGAAAAAACUUGCCCAGCGUCUUCAGGAUGCAGAGGAAUCAAUUGAGGCUGUAAAUGCAAAAUGUGCCUCCCUGGAGAAGACCAAACAGAGACUGCAGGGUGAGGUGGAGGAUCUAAUGAUCGACGUGGAGAGAGCCAACGCUAUGGCUGCUAGCCUUGACAAGAAACAAAGGAACUUUGACAAGGUUUGAUAUUUUCCACAUAACAUUGUUGAGACUGUAAUAAGAGGUGAGAAAACACUCCAAUGUUUGUUGUACUUUAAAGAUUCUUGCAGAGUGGAAACAGAAGUAUGAGGAGAGCCAGUCAGAGCUCGAGGGAGCUCAGAAGGAGGCUCGCUCAUUGAGCACAGAGCUUUUCAAAAUGAAGAAUUCAUACGAAGAAGCUCUGGACCAACUGGAGACCAUGAAGAGAGAGAACAAGAACCUGCAACGUAAUUCAUUCUUACUUCCAGAUUUAUACCAACAAUAUGAAGUCAAUAUAUCAAGAUUAUUGUCAUCGCUGCACAUUAUCGGUAACUUUUUUAUUUUUAAAUAAAGUUUUAUCAAUAUACCCCAACAGAGGAGAUCUCUGACUUGACUGAACAACUUGGUGAGACCGGUAAGGCAAUUCAUGAGCUUGAGAAAGGAAAGAAGACGGUGGAAAGUGAGAAGACGGAGAUCCAGACUGCUUUAGAGGAGGCAGAGGUAAAUCUGAAUCAUCAUUUUAACAGUUGAAGCUCACCAGCACAUUAGCAGGACAACUUUCAUGGACAAACCACUUAGCUGUUGUGCAAGGCAGGGGGAAGGAUAAGGCUUAUUUUUAUAGUAAAUUAAUCAUAUAUUUACUCACAUUUAAAAUCUGAAAGCGCACUUUAUCAGUUUGUAUUCUGCUGUGGUUUUAAGACUGCUCUCAAUAUUGAGCAAGUUUCAGUGCCCACCUAUAUCUGAACUAUAGUAUCUUGUAAAGGUGUUUAGUUUGUGCACCUUUUUCACAGUGACUCGAUUUCUUACUUUUCAAUCAAGAAACUGUAUGUGCUCUAGUUGUUUAAGCUUACACUUGUUUACAGGCAACCCUGGAGCACGAAGAGUCCAAGAUUCUACGUGUUCAGCUGGAGCUCACCCAAGUCAAGGGGGAAAUUGACAGAAAACUUGCUGAGAAGGACGAGGAGAUUGAGCAGAUCAAGAGGAACAGCCAGAGAGUGAUAGAGUCAAUGCAGAGCACUUUGGAUUCUGAGGUCAGGAGUAGAAAUGAUGCCCUGAGAAUUAAAAAGAAGAUGGAGGGAGACCUCAACGAGAUGGAGGUUCAGCUGAGCCAUGCGAACCGGCAAGCGGCUGAGGCCCAGAAACAGCUGAGGAACGUGCAAGGACAGCUGAAGGUACAGCUAAGGAAUACUAGGGGAACAUCUAGUUUAUGUAUCUCAGAGUGUUUGUUAAUAUAUCUAUUAAUACUUUAAAAUUAAGGAUGCCCAGCUGCAUCUUGAUGAAGCUAUCAGAGGUCAGGAGGACAUGAAGGAGCAGGUUGCCAUGGUGGAGCGCAGAAACAACCUGAUGCAGGCUGAGAUCGAGGAGCUGAGAGCUGCUCUGGAGCAGACUGAGAGAAGCCGCAAAAUAGCUGAACAGGAGCUGGUAGAUGCCAGUGAGCGUGUGGGGCUGCUGCACUCUCAGGUACUGUAAAAAACAAAAACUGCACCACAAACAAUUUGGUUGAUGAAAGGAAAGAUGGGAAACUAUGAUUGUUUUUUUUUUCUUUAGAACACCAGCCUCAUCAACACUAAGAAGAAGUUGGAGUCAGAUUUUGUCGCAGUUCAAAGUGAAGUGGAAGAUGCUGUUCAAGAAGCAAGAAAUGCUGAAGAAAAGGCCAAGAAGGCCAUCACUGAUGUGAGUAAGCUUGUACUGUGUAAUCAAACACAAGGUUUGAUACAUAACAUGAUUAAGGCUAUUUCAUCUCUGUGUGUUGUGUUUAUAGUGUACACUUCAAAAAACCACCUGAGACUACUUUUUUCAACAUUUCAGGCUGCCAUGAUGGCUGAGGAGCUGAAGAAGGAGCAGGAUACCAGUGCUCAUUUGGAGAGGAUGAAGAAGAAUCUGGAGGUGACAGUAAAGGAUCUGCAGCACCGCCUUGAUGAAGCUGAGAAUCUGGCUAUGAAGGGAGGCAAGAAGCAGCUCCAGAAACUGGAGUCUAGGGUAAAGAUGAAUUUGAUACUCAGGUAAAUAUUUUAUCAAAUUUUGUCCUUCUGUACAAAAGCAGAUCUUGUUCUUGUUUAAAAGGUGCGUGAGCUUGAAGUCGAGGUUGAAGCUGAGCAGAGACGAGGAGCAGAUGCCAUCAAAGGUGUUCGUAAAUAUGAGAGAAGAGUGAAGGAGCUCACCUAUCAGGUUACCAAAUAUUUUCUUCCCUAUUAUUUUGUUAAAUUUAUUGGGUUGAACAGAUGUGCAAAUUCAUCAAUAAUCCUGAAUUCUUGUGGACCGCAGACUGAAGAGGACAAGAAGAAUGUCGUCAGACUUCAGGAUCUGGUGGACAAGCUGCAGCUGAAAGUGAAGGCCUACAAGAGACAAGCUGAGGAGGCUGUAAGUAACAAACAUGUUACAACUUUCACUGAAUUCAUUCAAAUACAUUUACUUGCACUACACUUGUUCCUUUAAUACAACAACACUCUGUCUCUAUGAGUGUAAAUGUCUUGACAGCAAAAAUGUUGACAUCUUACUGAAUUCUCUCACAGGAGGAGCAGGCCAACACUCAUCUGUCCAGGUACAGGAAGGUGCAGCAUGAGAUGGAGGAAGCUCAGGAGCGUGCUGACAUCGCUGAGUCCCAGGUCAACAAACUGAGGGCAAAGAGCCGUGACAUUGGAAAAGUAAGUAGUACAUAGGAAAGAGAGGCAAUGAGCUGCAACAGCAGUUUGAUUGGUUACCAACAGUCUUACAGUAAAGGAACUAAAUUGAUGAAAUAUACGUAGCUUGACUAGUAUGCUUAAGAAUGCUUCUGUAAACAUAUUUAGUGUCUUUAUUUAAUUUAUGAAUAGGUAAAUUUAAAGCUACAUCCUUGUUACUAAUUUGUCCUUUUUUCUGCCCACUUUAGGGAAAGGACAGUGAAGAAUAAGAAAUAAACUUUUUGAGAGUCACCAUGAAAAUCAUAAAAUAUGAAUUUUCAUCAAACCACUCUCAUCUUAAAUUGUAGAUUCAUAUUAAAUAAACUUCAUGGCCAGUC